CGAAAGACUCGCAACACGGCAAUAUUGUAUUUACGAUACAUCAUCGUCAUCACCAUGUUAUUAUUUCUAAACAACGCAAGACGCUACCAUCAUAGUACUACGACGGUCGUGACGCUGUCUGUCGCCAUUCUGCUGACCAUCGGACAAGUCCACAACCUUAAAUGCAGGACGGCAGAUCACUCUAGGCGUCAUGGAGAGUUUGUGGACAUAGCUGAACAGUGUAGCAAUAUGACUUCGGGCGACCGGUCGGUGGCGGUUGACGGUGAUUAUUCUACUUACGUGUCCAGCGGCGAUAACGACGGUCGGUGGAACGGAGACAAACGGCGAAACAACAAUCGCGAGUUCAGCGUUAAUCGACAGGACUUUAUCAAUAACCGCGGGGGUAGCAACGGCGGUUAUGAUCGCGACCUUUCGUCGUGCGGCGAAGUCCGACCACAACAAUAUUCAGGGAAUACAGGUAGCCGAACAAAAAACCAUCGGCAAGGAAGCUAUCCGAGUGUUGAUUACGAUAUGGGACAAUCCAAUUCCAACUACAGACAAUCGCAAUCAACGAGACGAUACCGCAGGGAUGACAGCAAUGAUAAGAAUAAACGUCAGAAGGUGACAAUGACAGGCAAUAAUAGCAGACUGUUAGGGAACAAUCGUUUCAGAAACUUAACAAAAAUCGGAGGAAAUCAACCGGGCAAAGGGACAUUUCUCGACAAAAUAGACGCCGUAAGAUGUACAAUACAUUGCGUUUUCAAUCAAUUAGAAAUGCUUAACUCAAACUCUCAUCCUGAUAAACGUUCAAUAGUGAAUAUUAUGACCAAUCAAAUAAAAGACGUCGAACUGAAGGAAUUCAUACAAGAUUCCAUCGAUGAAUGCUUCGACGCCCUCGAACUGGAGUCGCAUAACAACAAAUGCGAAUUUUCAAAAAAUUUCGCAAUGUGCAUGGAAAAUAAAGCUCAAAGGAAUUGUGACGAUUGGGAUGAAAACUUGUCCGCGAACAAAAUCAACUCUGCCGGCUUGCAGGACGGAAAUAACCAGCAAGACAAAAGAAAAGGAUAUUAAAAAAGUUUAUACGUAGAAUUAUUAUUAAUGCCAUUGAUUAAGUUAUUUAAACUAUUUAUUAAACGUUUAAAAUUUGACAUAAUUCUAUUUAUGUAUAUUGUAGCAAAAUUAAUUUUCCUCGAACGAUUGACGCGUAUACGGUCGCAAUCUCCACUUUCCAGUAUCUGCAGUAGAUGGCGAUGCUACUCAUUACAUACACUUUAAAUACGAAUGCGCAUAAUAAACUAUUUUCAAGUAUACCACUUAACCAUACUCGCAAUAUUUAUUAACAAUUAUAUUAUAUUUAUAAAUACACAAUCAUAUUCCUAACACAGAACAUAGACAAUAUUCAUGUAUACGUCUUGCAAAUUGAUUAUAUUUUUCACUCGGUAUAGGUGUACUUAAAUUGAACUGAUAUGCUUAUAAUUUAAAGUUAUCGAAACUCGUAUACAGGCAAAAACAUAUUCCUAAGUGUAGAAUAUUUGCUAAAAAAUUUGGUUCAGAUUAAAAUAUAACUUGAAUCAGCCAGAUAUCGAUUUUUUCCAGGUGAUGACUAAUAACUAGACACUUGCAAUUGCCACUUUCGGAAUGUAUUAAUUUAUUUUACAUACACAAAAAAACGACGAGCAUCACAAAAUAUACGACUGAAAAAUAUUAUAUUUUUAUUAGUCCCUAUUAAUACUAAUACCCGUGUGUGUGUUGCACCGACACCGAUUUUGCUUGAAAUCUAACCGUAGAAUGGGGAAAAUAUUACACAUGAUUUUCAAUCUGGGGACAUUUAAUUAUCAAAUUGUGAUUAUUAAAACUA